AGAAAAUGUGAUACCAUAGACGGGAGUUUUGAAUCGAAAGUUUCGCAGUUCUCCAUAAUUUUUAUAUUAAAAUGACCGAAUCGGUGGUAGCCAAUCGGCACAAGGAUUGUCUCCCGUGUCGCAUCGUGAGCGGAACGGGGGUUCUCGGGAUGGGAGUGUACGUCUGGAUUCAGGCCAAGAAACGACCGCAAGCAGUUGGCCGGUUUGCGAUGUACGGCGUGGCGGCAGUGGCCGGUGGAAUCGGAAUCGCGCGAUUGCUUGAUGUCUACCCUUUCGGAAAAGAGAAACAACAGCCAAAGGAAUAAAUACCUUGUAUAUUAAUUAUUCUUAGAUUUGAGAGUUUGUUGAGUUUUAUUCACUUCAAAUGAAGAAAAUUAUACACUUAAAUUAAACGGAAUUCAAUCCACAA